AUGCGUUUUCAGCUCGUUCUUUCAUUUGCGGCCUCCGCGACUUUCACCGCAGCCCUCCCUAAACAUUUCGGUCCGGGAACUCCCCUGUCGGAUUCGGAGACUCCGAAUCACAUUCUGAAAGCCGAAGAAGUCAAGGCAUUCGCCACCAUAAGCCCGGAGGAGAGCAAAAACCGUCUGGCGGCCAUAUUCGACAAGAUCGAUAAGGAUGAGAAUGGACUCCUAACUCAAGACGAAUUAUCGGAAUGGAUUUACUAUAUCGCUCGGAAGAAGCUCGAGGAGGGAACUCAAGAACAGUGGAGAAAACACAAUCCACACCUGAAGACCCGACUGACCUGGAGAGAGUAUAGGAAAUCAAUGUACGGUCUGCCUCUUUCCUGGGACGAGGACAGACAUGAAAAAGACAGAUCUGAAGGACAGAAAACGGACAAAAUGAUCCAGAUGGACUUGCGGAGAUGGAAGGCGGCCGACAGAGACAACGAUGAACAACUCGAUAUCGAAGAGUUCGAGGCGUUCGUUUAUCCUGAGGAGAAGGAACACAUGGCCAGAGUUGUAGCUCAGGAAACCCUCGAAGCUCUGGACACGAAUAAUGACAACUUCGUUGAUCUUCACGAAUAUCUCGAAGACAUUUUCCCCGACCUCCAAGAGGGACCUUGGCCAACAUACGUCCAAGAAGAAGCCGAGCUCUUCAGGGACCGUCGCGACAAAAACUCAGACGGUCGUUUGGAUCUAGAAGAGAUGAUCUCUUACACCCACCGGUCUGAGGACGAUCACCCGGAAGCCGAAGCUCUGCAUCUGGUUCACUCAGCGGACGAGGACAAUGACACUCUGCUAUCGAAAACGGAGGUCUUGAAUCAUUACGAUCUCUUCGUUGGUGGGCAGGUGACCAAUUACGGCGAGGCUCUCUGGAACCACGACGAGUUUUGA